AUGGGGAUAAGCAAUCUGCCGGUUUCCCCGAGCCAGGAAUGCGGUAUGGGAGCAACUCGGUCCUUUCGUAAUGCCUCCCUCGCCACCCUCCUUGCCCUUGCGGCACCCAUCAUCGUCCUCGGUGCCCCCAUCCGCCGCGACAAGGCCACCGACCUCGUCGUCCUCAAGUUCGCGGACGUCCUUGAGCAGUUCGAGUCGCAGUUCUACCAGCAGGCACUGCAAAAGUUCCAGGACAGCGACUUCACUGCCGCCGGUUUCGUCGACGCCCAGCUCCCCAUCGAGCAGUUCAAGCAGAUCCAGGGGAUGAGGCCACCCACCAGACUGCGCUCGAGGUGCUCGGUUAUCGCGUCGCUUGGCGACAAGCCCAUCUCGAACUGCAGCUUCAACUUCGGUAACGCAUUGAACGACGUCCCGACGAUGGCCGCAACCGCCCGUGUGGUGGAGAACGUUGGGGUGGGGGCCUACCUCGGCGCGGCCCAUCUUAUUGGCGACCCGACCAUCCUCACCGCUGCGGGCUCCAUCCUCACCACCGAGGCGCGCCAUCAGACGAUCCUGAACGUGCUCAACAACGGUGCUUCGAUCCCCUCUGCGUUCGACAUCGGCCUCCUUCCGAACGAGGUCCUCGCCAUCGCCGGCGCGUUCAUCUCCGGCUGCGACCUCGGUGUCGGUGCCUCAAACCAGCCCCUCACGAUCACGAACACCGCUGUCACGACCGGCACGAAGCUCGAGUUCACGUCCCCCGCGCUCAACGGCUCUACCGACGGCAUGUUCUGCCAGAUGCUCAUCGGCGGUAUGCCUAUGACGAUCUCGCUCCCCAUCGACCAGUGUGUCGUCCCCGACAACCUCGACGGCCCCGUCGCGGUCUUCAUCACCCCCGACAUGCAGGCCCUCAACGGCGACCCUGUCAACCGCGCUGGCCAGGCCGUCGUCGCCGGUCCCGUGAUGGCGUUCAUCGACACCGUCAAGCAGGAGAUCGGCCAGCUCGUGCUCGCCGCGGGCAGCGCGAACAAGAACGCGCAGACGUCGACCACGACCAUCUCUCCCGACAUGGCGAGCUCGAUCAUCGCCUCUGCGUCCUCCACCGUCACUUCCAGCGAGGGCAUGAUGACCGACUCCGCGAGCUCGACCAACUCUGCCGACUCGUCGAUGAUGACCGGCAGCUCGUCCUCGGGCUGCAACUCCUCGAGCUGCGACUCCUCGAGCUCCAACUCGUCUUCCUCCGACAGCUCGUCCAACAGCUCGUCCUCCUCUGACAGCUCCUCUUCCACCGACUCUUCCGCUGCGUCCUCAACCUCGAGCAGCGACAGUGCCACCUCGACCUCUGGCUCGUCAUCGUCAUCGUCCUCUUCCUCCUCGUCAUCCUCCUCUGACAGCAACAACUCCAGCGUGAAGGAGAGCGACAACACCGUCGUCAGCUCCCCCGGCACCCGCAACACCCAGACCGGCAACAUGGGCGCCAUCUCCAUCGACGGCUGGCAGGCCGACGUCCCCAAGUCCGCCAUCUCCACCGCCGCGAGCGCGACGGGCUCCGCCACCGACUCCGCAUCAGCCUCGGCGUCCGCCACGGGCUCUGCCAGCUCCUCCGCGAGCUCGUCCGCCGCCGCCGCGGUCGCCGUCUCCACCGGGAACUGA